CCGAGUAGAGGGUCACAGCUCCGCGUUCGCCUAGCGGCCGCUGCGUGGAUCCAAUGAGAUCACGCCGCGUUCCGGGCCCGGUGGAAAGAACUAGCCGGCGAUAAGAAAAAAUUAUAAACUCACACAUUAGGCUACCGCAAGGCGUUGGUAACAAAAAACGGCGUGGAAACCAGGGACAGGAUCUCCCUGUAACAGUAGCUUCAUUGUAUAGUUCCUCUCCCGGUGUGUAUGAUUAGACGCUGUUUCAUUGCUUCGGGCUAAUAUAAGGUAAACAUGAGGAGGAAGCUGGCGGUGUGCGCGCUUUUCUGCGUGGUUCUGGCGAUGUUGCCUUCCCACUCAGCCUCCGUAGCUGUAAUGUCAGUUGACCUGGGCAGUGAGUGGAUGAAAAUCGCCAUUGUCAAACCAGGUGUGCCGAUGGAGAUUGCGCUGAACAGUGAGUCGAGGAGGAAAACGCCGAUAGCCGUGUGCUUAAAGGAAACCGAGAGGCUCUUUGGAGACAACGCCUUAGGAGUGUCUGUGAAGAACCCCAAGCUGGUGUACAGGCACCUCCAGAGCCUCCUGGGCAAGAAGCAUGACAACCCGCAGGUUGGGCUCUACCAGAAGACGUUCCCUGAGCACCAGCUCCUGGAGGACCCCGUCAGGGGCACCCCGUACUUCAAAUACGCAGACGAUCUCAAUUACACUCCCGAGGAACUCCUCGGAAUGGUCCUGAAUUAUUCUCGUGGGCUGGCGCAGGACUUUGCAGAACAACCCAUCAAAGACGCAGUGAUCACCGUGCCAUGCUUCUUCAACCAGGCAGAGCGCCGGGCGGUGCUGAAGGUAGCCAACAUGGCGGGCGUUAAGGUGCUGCAGCUCAUCAACGACAACACCGCUGUGGCCAUCAACUACGGGGUGUUCAGGAGGAAGGACAUCGACAGCACGCCCAAGAAUAUCAUGUUCUACGACAUGGGAGCCAGCAGCACCACGGCCACCAUCGUCACCUACCAGACGGUGAAGACCAAGGACAUGGGCGUGCAGCCUCAAGUACAGGUCCGCGGAGUGGGGUUCGACCGCGGUCUGGGGGGCUUCGAGCUGGACCUGCGCCUGCGGGACCACCUGGCCAAGCUGUUCAACCAGCAGAAGAAGAGCAAGAAGGACGUGCGGGAGAACCACCGGGCCAUGGCCAAGCUCCUGAAGGAGGCCCAGAGACUCAAGAUGGUGCUCAGCGCCAACGCAGAGUUCACCGCACAGGUGGAAGGUCUGAUGGACGACAUCGACUUCAAAGCCAGGGUGUCCAGGGUGGACUUUGAGGCCAUGUGCGCCGACCUGUUUGAGAGGGUCUCGCGGCCCGUGCAGGACGCCCUCGCCACAGCAGAGAUGACAGCGGAGAGCAUCGAGCAGGUGAUCCUGGUGGGCGGGUCCACGCGGGUGCCCAAGGUUCAGGAGGUGCUCCUCAAGGCUGUGAAUAAAGAGGAGCUGGGUAAGAACAUCAACGCUGAUGAGGCGGCGGCCAUGGGCGCCGUGUACCAGGCGGCGGCCCUCAGCAAGGCCUUCAAGGUGAAGCCCUUCCUGGUGCGAGAUGCCACCGUCUACCCCAUCCAGGUGGAGUUCACCCGCGAGACGGACGAGGACGGCGCCAAGACGGUGAAGCACAACAAGCGCAUCCUCUUCCAGAGGAUGGCGCCCUACCCCCAACGCAAGGUCAUCACCUUCAACCGCUACACCGACGACUUCAGCUUUGAGAUCAACUACGGCGACCUCGCCUACCUGGGAGAAGAGGACCUGGGGGUGUUUGGCUCACUGAACCUGACCACAGUCAAGCUGUCGGAGGUGGGCAGCAGCUUCCUGAAGCACACCGACGCCGAGUCCAAGGGCAUCAAGGCCCACUUCAACAUGGACGACAGCGGUGUGCUUCUCCUGGACCGGGUUGAGUCCGUCUUUGAAACAAUUGUGGAGGAGAAGGAGGAGGAGUCAACGCUAACAAAACUGGGAAAUACCAUUUCUAACCUGUUUGGGGGUGGAUCUGCAGAACCGAGCCUGAAUGCGACCGAGUCUGUCCAGGAAGAGGAGGAGGUUCCUCUAGAGGCGGGAAAAGAGGAGGAGGAAGAGGAGGCGGAGAAGAAGAAGAAGACGGAGGAGGAACCAGAGCAGCCCAAGGAGGAGCAGGAGGCUCCAAAGGAGGCGGAGGGGGAGGAGAAGGAGAAGAAGCCAGAGGAGGCAGAGAAGGCCCCUGGUGAGGAGGAGGAGGCAGCGCAGGAGAAGAACGACUCGGACAGUGGGAACGACGACGCUCAGGGAGAGAAGAAGGAAGAGAAGACCGGAGAUGCUGAGGCAGAGAAGGAAGCAGAGAAAACAGAGCAGAAACCACAGAAGAAGACCAAGAUCUCUGAGGAGAUCGCUGUUGAACUUCUCGCCAACGACAUCUCUGAUCCCACCGCAGAAGAUAUCCUUUCUUCAAACAAAAAACUACAGGACCUGACCAACAGAGACCUGGCCAAGCAGGAAAGGGAAAGGAUGCUUAACAAUCUGGAAGCUUUCAUCUUUGAAACGCAGGACAAGUUGAACCAGAAGGAGUACAAGCAGGCCGUGGGGGAGGAGGAGAAGGAGAAGAUCGUGGCCAAGCUGCGCGAGUCGUCGGAGUGGAUGGACGAGGAGGGCUACGCGGCCACCACCAAGGAGCUACGGGAGAAGCUGUCGGAGCUGAAGACCCUCUGCAAGGCGCUCUUCUUCAGGGUGGACGAGCGGCGCAAGCGGCCCGACCGGCUGGCCGCGCUCACCAGCAUGCUCAACACGUCCAGCUACUUCCUGCGGAGUGCCAAAUUGAUUCCAGAGGAUGACCAGAUCUUCACUGAUGUGGAGCUGAAGACGUUGGAAAAAGUGAUCAACGACACCACGACGUGGAAGACGGAGACGGUGGCGGAGCAGGAUAAGCGCUCGCUGGCGGAGCGGCCCGUGCUGCUCUCCAAGGACCUGGAGGCCAAGCUGGCGCUGCUGGACCGCGAGGUCAACUACCUGCUGAACAAGGCGAAGUUCGCCAAGCCCAAGGCCAAGCCCAAGGCCAAGAACGCCACCAGCUCCUCCUCCGAGAAGUCGGCCAAGGCCAACGCCACGGCCGAGGAGAAGGUCAUCCCCCCCGCCGCCACCGCCACGGGAGAGGAGGAGGCCACCGUCAAGGACAGCGAGGCCGCCCCAGAAGCCCUGCCGGAGGCGGCUCCACCCACCGAGGCCACGGUAGAAGGCGUGGAAGACUCGGCCAGCCAAUCAAAACCCACUGACGAUGCGGCAACGGAAUCCCCGAAGGCAAACACUGACAACCACGUGGGCGAUGAAUUAUAACAGCUGGAACUGGGAAAGAAAUAUUUUGCGAUAUUUAUUGACAGUGUGUAAAUGUUGUUGUUUAUUCUUCUGAAUUCCUCCCCAACCUGUUUUUGUUGACUUCCUGGACCCUCAUUGGAUACAGCUGAAGACCUCAACCUCAUUGGCUCUCCCUGCCCCCACCCCAUCACCCUUUCCUCCUUCUUAAUUGGCUGUGCUGUUCGGUUUCCCCCCCCCCUCAUGUGUCAUUGAUGCUGUGAUAACCAAGCACUUAUAGUUGCCAUGAGAGCAGCAGCAACCCAGUAAAAAUAAUCCAUCCAAUGUCGUGGGAUGGCAAAGCCAGCUUUUAACAUAACAGGACGUGGUUCUUUAUUACGUCACGUACAUCUGACCGCAUCACUGAUGCGUCAGCUUUACUCGGCAACAAACCCGGCAACAAACCACACAAUCUUUUUUUGUAUUUUUCAUUUUUUAAGGACUGUUGACAUGGUUGUCCCUGCAUUCGUUCAUCUCUCUCCAUCUCUGUGUGCCUCAUAACUGUCGUUUUUUUAUUUUCCUGUGUUUUCAUUGGCGGAAGUGGUGGUGCUGGAGGGGGGGAGGGGGGCACACCGUUCGUGACCACUUUGCUAAAUGCGGACGGCACUGAGCCAAUGAGCAGAACUCUCAAGGAUUUGUCUCGGGUGUAGACCUGCUCCAGAUGUGCGUUGCGCGUCGUCACUCUCAAUACAGAUUCCAGCAAAGAUGGACUUUCGCAACGCUUAUCCCAUCCCGGUUUGAAGUGGGCCAGCAGUGAGUCACAAGCUCGCUUGAUUGUAUCUGAUAAUUUCAAACAUGGCUAAUCUUUUGAGGUGUCAGGCGCGUUCAACUUGGUUGUGAAGAACGACCUGACGCUAGCUGGUUUUCAGUGAACUUGCAUCUGAAUUGGAACAUGAAACGUGUGAUAUACUUUGGUGUAUAAUGUGGUUGAAACCACCGCAAAAAUUAUUUGCAGUGUUUCAACUUUCUUCAUACUGCUUUGAAAUAUCCUGUACAUUCUCCCGUUGGCCUGCUGUGAAAAGGGAGGCAAAAUGAAUUGAGCUUACCAGUUCCAUUUCUACCUACAUUACUUUUUUUUUUUUUGGAUUAUGCCUUUUUUCUUCCUCAAUGGAUGGCUAUUAGAACCUAGUAGGAGCUGUUAUGAAUUCGCUGCACUGAUAGUGGACAAGGCCCCCUGUGUUUUUGGAUGCCCAGCGAGCUGCUAAACACGCUUGGAAGAGAAGGUUUCAACUGUGUUCAGCGUUCUGUGCAUGACGUAUCAGCCCACCCCCCCCACCCCCCAAACACACACAGACCACACACACAGCACCGAUCUUGGCUCUUGAUGCUUCUGGAAUCCUCUACCUCUGAAACGGUUGGCAGAGGCAGUAGGGCAAACGGGACUCGGGUGAGCGUCAGGAGUAGAAGAUGUUUUCUUGCUAAACUGUUGAUACAAAACCUUUCUUUUUUGUUUUGUUUUGUUUUUAGUUGAUUUAAUCUCAGUUGUUGGAAAGAAAUAAAACUUAACCUUGUA